CGGUUCACAGGAGUUAUGUGUGGAUGGCGCGAACCCACUAGCUAUGAGCCUACGUGGCAGGCUGGCAGCAAUAGCCUUUGCGGACCGGUGGUGCGUGGCCGGGUCGGGAAUAGGGAUAAUGCCAUGGAAACUUCAGUGUCCUCAUCUUCGUCCGUGCUUUCUACCAAGAUUCCCACAACACUGAGCGGAGUGUAUUGUUGUUCCGGAUCAAAGGCAACGGUUCAUUUUCCUAUAAGGAGAAGUUGCGAAAAUACAUCGGUUCAGAAUGCAAGAAGAACCAGAAGGACCAGGCCGAUAGCGGCAAUCAACGAUGUACAAACCGUGCUUGACCCAGCUCCCGUGCAAGUCACAUGGCAAAUUGUGGUCGGAGCUAUGGCUGGAGUUAUGCCUUUUGUGGUGGCUGGAGUUGAAUUUAGCAAAAGAAUUAUAGCUCAGAAAAGAUGUGAGGAGUGUGGAGGGUCAGGGUUGGUUCUUAUGGAAAAGGAGUAUUUCCGUUGCCCAGAAUGUGGUGGAUUUCUUCCUUGGCAGUCUUGGAAAAGGUUCUUUUCUGGUUGAAUGUCUAAAGCACGAUGCAAGAUAUUAUUUUGUAAGCACAACAAUGAGGACUUCAUUAUAGCCAUACCAAUUGAAUAUAUUUUCAUCUUGUAUGAGUUGGACCAAUAAUCAGUCUCUAACUGAAUAGUUUUUCUAUACUUGCUUGUCAAAUACAAAAUUUAUUGGGAACUUCAUUGAUUGAUCUUGGGGAAACUGGUGUUUUCUGCUUUAUGUAUUCAGUUAUUCUAUACGUGCUUGUCAAAUACAAAAUUUAUUGGGAACUUCAUUGAUUGAUCUUGGGGAAACUGGUGUUUUCUGCUUUAUGUAAAUGCCUUUGAACAAGUUCACUUCAUCAAUAAGCUAUCCUCAGUCUGAA